AUGCAAUCAGCAUCAAAUAGCUCGAAACAAAGUAAGGAAACCGUACAGAUAGUAAUCUCACAAAUUAGCUUGUUAAUCACAUCACUUACUGAAGCUAAUUUUCUUUCAACUGAAAAAGAAAUCCAUUUUUUGCUAGAUAAAUCUUCCAUUCAAACCUAUACCAAGUUUUGGAGCAAAUUACUACUACUUUGUGCAUCAGACAUUAAAGAAUUACAACAUCUAUCUACGGAAAAGAACCUUCAACAUAGACUUUUAAGAAAUUUUUUUGAAGAUUUAAUUUUAAAAGAUAGAGGAGUUUUACAAAUAUUAAACGCAGAAAUUUUCAACAACAUUGAAUUUCAAGAAGAGUCAGGCUUGCAUUUACAAGAUAUAAAAAACCUUUUCAAGAAUUCUAAAUCAGAGAAAGAACUCAAAAUCAUUGAAUCCAUAGACCCAACAAGCAUCCUUGCAAACAUAGAAAAAUCAAAGAAAACUAAAAUGAAUAAUCACACAUUUUUACAAAACUUUUUACUACAAUCCUCGUUGGAUUCAUUAGAAUCUAACUUGAAAGAUUUGUUAUAUUCUUUGACAGGAGAAACAUUAAAUGAUACUCUAGCCUUAUUACUCUCAGAGCUUUUAUCUCCUGGAUCUCAACAACUUCAACAGAACUCUGUAGAUUCAUGGUUUACACCUUCAUCGAUAGAUUCGGCCACAAAUGUAGGAAAUGAAAUUUCCAAGGCACUAGGAGAUCUCACUAAUGAUGUCGUUAAUUGGAAUCGUGUUUUCAAUCUAAUGUCUACCAAGUAUUUCUUAAAGACUGCCGUCAAACCAACUCUCGCUUCUUUAAGCUCAUUUUUUUCAUCUUUACACAAGGGAUCAUUACUUGAUCAAUUUUUCAGUUGUGACUCGCAUAUAUCAUUCAAAUUAGAAUUAGUAAUCCAAUUACAUAAAUGGUCACCUCAAAAUGGAUGUUUCGAUCUUUUACAAGUGAAAGACACUAAGAAAGUUUCUGAUAUUAUUCCAAACUCAAAGAACUCCUUGGUAUAUCUUAUGUCCAUUGCUACAUUAGAUCUGGAAAUCUUCUUGUUGAGAGAAGAUCUUGUUAAUAAUCCACUGCUACAAUAUUUCCAAGAAUGUUUCUUUGAAGACUUUAAUUCUGUUCCUGAAUAUUUAGCGUUUGCCAUGGUAAAUAAUAUGAAGCAUUUCACUUUGUUAAUUGAGAAUAAAAACAUUUUGGAGGAAAUCAUUGUCACUUUACUUGUUCAAGUAUUCGAAACAUCUCCAUCAGCACUAAAUCAAUUAAUUAAACAACUUCCAAACCCUGAGAAGAUUGUAGAUGUUGGUAGAAUUAUUAUAGUGAAAAAUAACGCACCAAUUGCAGACUUUUUAAAAAUUUUAUCUGAAGAGGAUAAGUUAGAUUUAUUCCUGAAUAAACUGCCAUUUGAAGAAGCAUUUAAUAUACUACCAAUUGCAAGAAGAUUUAAAUGGGACGGAUUCGAACAAUAUUUGAAAGACAAACUCGAUUCAAACAAUGUUCAAAUCUUGCUUAAUAUGUUAGAUGGGCAGGCUAAGUUAGCUGAAAAUAACACCCCUCUUAUAUCACCUAAUAUUUUCGACUUGGAAAUGAUUUUCAUUUCCCUCAAUAUUCUCAAUACCUUCCCUUUGACAAAGGAACAAACCGAAAUGUUCGAAAAAACCGAAUUUUCAUUGAUUAUUGCUUUCCCAAGAUUAAUCAACAUUGGUUAUGGACACGAUGAUGUAAUCCGUGCAAACGGUGAAUUGGUACCAAUUGCUCCAGAUAUAGAAAAGGAAAUGCAAAGUUAUCUACAAAGAAUGUACAGCGGCGAAUUAGCGAUUAAAAAUGUUGUUAAUGUCCUAACCAAAUUGAGAGAUAGUGAAGUACCAAGAGACCAAGAUAUAUUUGCGUCUAUUACACAUGCAGUAAUUGCCGAAUCAAGCUUUUUUAAGGAUUAUCCUUUGGAAGCAUUAGCAACGACGUCUGUCCUUUUUGGUUCUAUGAUCCAGUAUGAAUUGGUACGUGGAUUUGUUUUGGAUGUCGCCUUAAGAAUUAUUUUGAAUUUUGCCGCUGAAGGACCAGAAUCAAAAAUGUUCAAAUUUGCAGUCCAAGCUAUAUUUACCUUCAGAGCACGUUUAAACGAAUUCCCACAAUAUUGUCAAGACCUCUUACAAAAGGUACCUGGCAUUCAAGCUCAAGCUGAUAUUUAUCAGGCUGUCUUAGCCGCUUCAGUUCAGGCAGAUACUUCUACCACAUCAGAUCGUGAAAAGCCAAAACAGGUAGAAUUAAUUAGGUUAAAGUAUUUCUCCAUUGAUGAAGUUCCUCCAACAAUUCCCCAAGAGAAUCCACCUAAGGAUGUGGUUGAAAAGAUAUUAUUUAUCGUUAACAAUAUAACUAUGGACAAUUUUGAAACUAAAAUCUCCGAUUUAAGACAAGCAUUAUUACCUAACUAUUUCUCAUGGUUUUCAACAUACUUGGUGGUUCAAAGAGCUAAAACAGAACCUAAUUAUCAUAAACUGUAUAGUAGAGUUAUGACAGGAAUAGGCUCUGAAAUAUUGCAUGAUUAUAUGCUAAAUGUAACUCUAAAGCAGUUGUACGCAUUACUUGCCAUAAAGGAUGUUCAAAUGGUUGAUAAAAAACAUUUAAAAAAUUUGGCUGCUUGGCUAGGAAAUAUUACAUUAGCAAUUGAUAGACCAAUUAGACACAGACAAGUUGCCAUGAGGGAAAUGUUGUUGGAUUCUUAUCAAACUCAAAGAUUAGAAGUCGUGGUACCAUUUGUAUGCAAAGUUCUACAACAAGCUGCUGACUCCAAGAUAUUCAGACCACCAAACCCAUGGACUGUGGGUAUUUUGAGAGUUCUUUUAGAGUUAAAUGAAAAGGCAAAUUGGAAGUUGAGCUUAACAUUUGAGGUUGAGGUCUUGAUGAAGGAUUUCAAUUUAAAAAUGAAAGAUAUCAAACCAACAAACAUUCUAAACACUCCAGAAAUAACUGAGAAAAUAUCCGGUAGUGUUGGAAACCUCACUUUAGAACAACAGCAAAUUGAACAUCAAAGACAAGGGAUGUUGUUACAACAACAUCAACAACAAAUGAUGAUUCUCCAACAAAGACAACAACGUAUGGUUUCUGGAGCAAUAUCAGAACAGGUGCCAUUUGCUGGGGAGGCUGCUACUGUCAAUGAAAAUCCGUUUGCUAACCUAUUAGGACAAACCAUCUUUGUAACCCAUCCAGAUUUGAAAGAAGCCUUUCAAAAGGCCCUUCGUAUGGCCGUUAGAGAAAUAUUAAUUCCAUCUGUUGAAAAGGCAAGUAGCAUUGCGGUAACCACUGCCUCUAGAAUAGUCAUGAAGGAUUUCGCUACUGAAGCAGAUGAAAUGAAGUUGAAGGCAGCCGCAAUCACAAUGGUGGGGCACUUAGGACAAAGUUUGGUGCGUGCUACUUGUAUUGACUCCCUAAAGGAAAGUAUUCGCUCUGCAACACAAGCAUUACUACCUAACAUGGGGAACAUUCCACAGAUUACAGGAGAGGAGUUGGAUAUGGCUAUAAAUGAUAACAUUAGUAUUGCUUUAAGAAUUCUAGAAAAAGCAACAAUGGAUAAAUCGAUACAGGAUAUUGGUGAAGUAUUGGUUCAACCGAUUACAAUUCGUCGUUACCAUAAUGAAAGACGCUCCGAUCAACCUUUCAUUGAACCAAACACAAAUCCUUAUGCCCUUUCCUUACCAGACCCUCUAGGUUUGAAAAGUACUGGUGUAACUGCCCAACAAUUCAAAAUAUAUGAAGAUUUUGGUAAAUUCAUCCUACCUCAUGAAGUUCAAGGAAUUCCCCAUCAGCAAGCUAUGCAUCAACAAUUGCAACAGCGUCAACAGCAGGUUUUGAAUGCUCAGAUGAACCAGAAUCAACAGAAUAUGGUUAGUCAACCGCAACAAGCUGGUAUCAAUAUGCAAAACCAGCUGCAACAGCAACAACCAAAUAUUCAAAAGCAAGCUGCAAUGCCACAUCCUCAACCUCAAGGUGCAACUGUGCCUGGAUCGCUACCCUCUAAUAUUGCCCAAGUGGAAUUAGAACAAAGUCACCGUCGCCUGGUUACAUUGAUGGACGCCUUGGUAUCUUUGAUGAAGGAACAUGCAGGAAAGGAGACUUUGGAUAAUUUGGCCGAACAAAACCAGAUAAGAACAAUAAUUUACCAGAUUUUAACAUUCAUUGCCAAGAAUCAACAGAGAGACCAAUUAGCAUUAAAGGUUUCGCAAGCUGUUGUAAAUAGUCUUUUUGGAGCUAGUGAUGAUGUUUUGUGUAGAGAGGUUCUUUCCACUUUAUUGGAAAAAUUAUGUUCCUUGUCUUUAGUUGCAAGGAAGGAUGUUAUAUGGUGGUUAGUGUACGCCUUAGAUUCAAGGAAAUUUAAUGUUCCAGUUAUUAAAUCAUUAUUAAGUGUCAACUUGAUUGAUGUAUCUGAACUAGAUACUGUUUUGGUGACAGCGAUGGAGAAUAAAAUGGAAAACGCCACCAAGUUUGCCAUUGAUUUAAUAAAGGACACUGUUCUCUCUGAUGAGCCAAUAUUAAUGAGAAUGGAUUUUGUUAAAUCCUUGGAAUUUUUAAGUUCUUUAGAUGAAGAAGAUGUUAAGAACUUCUUUUCCGAAUAUGAGUCUAUGAAGAUUCUCCCUACAUCAAAGAAUAUCGAAACUACAUCUACAGAACGUUAUUACCUAGUGUUUACCGAAUGGGUUCGUUUACUACAAAGAGUCACAAGUGAUGAUAAGAUCAUUUUUGUUUUUAUAAAACAACUCAUGGACAAAGGGGUUUUAUCUGACAGUGAUAACUUUAUUGGGUUCGUUAAAGCAGCUUUGGAGCUUUCAGUAUAUUCGUUUAAAGAAAGUGACCCAACUGGAGAGGUGUUUACAGCUAUUGAUGCUUUAAGCAAGUUAUUGAUAAAAUUAUUCAUACUUCAAGAUUUUGCAGGGUAUUCAAGACAAGAGUAUUUGAACACUGUAUUUUCGAUUAUCUUGUUGGUCUUCUCCAACGAUCACGAAGAAGAUGAGGCUACAUUUAAUGAAAGACCCUACUUUAGAUUGUUAUCUAAUUUCCUUUGUGAAUGGGCUACUUUACGCGGCCAUAACUUUAUCAAGGUUGCCGAUCAGAAAACAAGAAAAGAACUACUUUCUUUUGAUGCUGAGUUCUACAACAUAUUUGCAUCUUACUUACAUUCUUUCCAACCAUUUGCAUUCCCUGGAUUUUCGUUUGCUUGGAUUUCGUUACUUUCCCAUAGAAUGUUCUUGCCGGUGAUGUUGAGAUUACCUCAAAAGGCUGGUUGGGAAAAAUUAAUGCUAUUAUUGAUUGAUCUUCUGAAAUUUUUGAAUCAAUAUACCAUUAAAGGUAAGAUUUCAGAUGCAGUUUCGGUCGUCUACAAAGGUACACUCAGAAUCUUCUUAGGUAUUUCUAACGAUGUUCCACAAUUCCUAAUUGAGAAUCAUUACGAAUUGAUGAAUAACUUACCAAUCUCUUACUUCCAAUUAAAGAAUGUUAUAUUAUCUGCAAUUCCAUUAAAAAUGCUGGUUCCAAAUCCCUUCGAUAGCGAUUUAGCACUUGAAAAUAUCACAGAGUGUCAAAACCCACCAGUAGUUUUUUACGACCCAGUUUCUGAUAUCCAAGCUUUGAAAAAGCCAGUGGAUAACUACUUGCGUAUUCCAUCAAAUUCAUUGUUGAGAACAAUUAUUAACGGACUUUACUUAACUGAAUAUGAUAUAAAGGGUGGUGUUGGAUUUGAUAUGUUAACUACCAAUAAUAAACUAAUUCGUGCUAUAGUAUUACAUGUUGCUGUUGAAGCAGGUUUAGAAAAUGGAAGGACGUCCUCUAAUGCUGUUUUUAAUACAAAAUCAUCAUAUUACCAGCUUUUGUUCGAUUUGAUUCAUGAUGGUACUAUAGAGUUGAAGUUCCAAGUCAUUCAAGUUAUGAUUGAACAGUUAAGAUAUCCAAACAUUCAUACUCGUUGGUUCAUUUACGUGUUGAGGGAUAUGUUUGUAACUGAGGCUUGGGAGGAACAACGUACUGAAGUCCAAGAAAUCAUUCUAAGAAGUUUGUUAGAAAGAGUAAUAGUCCAUAAUCCUCAUACUUGGGGUGUUUCGGUUUUAUUCACCCAAUUACUUAACAGCGAUGAAGUGAAUUUACUGGAACUGGAUUUUAUAAACAACAUCCCAGAAAUUAAACACAUGUUCGUUCAACUGACAAAGCACACCAACAAGUUGACAGACAAGUCUCCAGAAACUAACACUGCUUCCCCUAAGCCAAUACCAAAUUAA